UCAAAAAUUAAGUCCAUUUGAUUUCAAUUUUUAUUUCCUUAUUUUCUUUUUAAUUCCAAAUGUGUGUUUUGAUAGAGGAAAAUGUAAAUUUUAAACAUAUUUACAAUUACAAUACAAAGUUCUUUCAAUAUAUGACAUUGCUCUAUAUAUGGUUAUAAUAGACAUAUAUUAAAAAACAUGUGUCCCGCCGGGCGGCAGGCCUUGCUGUGCUUUUUCUUUUCAGCUUUCGUAUUUACUGUAUCUUUUUUCUCCGGAAGUGUGCUAGGAUACGCAACGGAGCUUUGGGCCCUUACGUACUGGGGUCCUGCACUGUAUUUCUGUUUGUUCAACUUCAUAUUGAGAUAUUGUUAUAAAGGAUUUUCAUAUGAGGUAUUAGUGAGAUCAGCAUUCCUGGGUUGUGCAUUUGCGACUGGUCUGUAUCUCGCCACAUUUGAAGAUGGCUGGCGAGUGUUUGGUCUCUACAGCAUGGUAUUGUCCACCUUUCAUUUUACGGAGUUUGUGGGAGUGGCCCUCACUAAUCCUCAAACCCUAUCAAUAGACUCUUUCAUACUGAACCACAGCAUACAGUAUGGGGUCGCCGCUGUCUCCAGUUGGAUAGAGUGGGCUGUAGAGUUUUACUUUUAUCCAGAUAUGAAGACUUACUUCUGGCUGUCCAGCAUUGGUGUGAUCAUGUGCAUAGGUGGUGAACUUCUCAGGAAGGGUGCAAUGUUCACUGCAAAGACCAAUUUUAACCACACUGUGCAGUUUGUAAAACGUCCGGACCACCAGCUGAUCACUCACGGCGUGUACGCCCUCUGCCGGCACCCGAGCUAUGUAGGAUGGUUCUACUGGUCCAUUGGCACACAGAUCAUCCUACUGAACCCCAUAUGCGUCAUCAUCUACACACUAGCGUCCUGGACAUUCUUCCGCGAGCGUGUCUACGCUGAGGAGCUGACAUUACUCUCUUUCUUCGGAACACAAUAUGUGGACUACCAGAAGAAGGUGGGCACUGGUCUGCCGAUGAUAUCAGGGUAUGUGCCGGAGAAUACCAGCCAGCGAGUGAGAGACGAUCAUUGGAGUUACUGAAGACUGGAAGAUGUUCUGUACGUUUGUUACUUAACUCCUAAACGGCUGGUCCGAUUGGGAGGAAAUUUUGUGUAUAUUUUAAUGGACUCUUGGAUGGCUUGAAA